AGCGGGAAGCCGGAAUGGAGCGAAUGGGGAUGGAGCCAGUGGUGCCAUGGGUGCCUCCGCUGGGAACUCUGGUCGAUGCCCGAGGCGGGGUAAAGGUACUCUCUGUGUUGUCAUAGGCCCUCUCGAAUGGUGCCUUCCAGAGUGGGUGGUCUUACCGCUACCCCUGCGUGGUACAUCCCAGGACCGAACGGUUUCAUGUGGCGCGCCCCUUGGUGGUGAGCCUGGGGAACAGCCGAUGUAGAUGCCGGUGGACCGUUAGAGGAUGGAUGAUCCUCCAAGGGUGGAAGGGCAACGUGAGGAUGAAAACCCCGCGGAUUGCUGCAAUCUUGGACUCGGAAAAAUGUCUCCAUAAACUGAAGAUUACUUCUCUGUAGUGGCCACUAUCUUAACAGGAAGCAUGGAAAGCAUUUUCUGUGUGCUGGGCGUUGUGCUUGUUUGUGCUUUCCUGUUUAAUGCAGAGCAGGUCUCAAUGUAGAAAGCCAGGCACAGUCCCCCAGCGGGCAGGGGAGAGAAAGCUUCGGACUGGGAUCUGAAGGUCUGGAGUGGGGAAGGCCUCUGUCGUUGACUGCGAGUAAUAUGUGAGAAGGACAACAGGACUUUCCAUUCUGUUAGGAAAGGGGUCAACUCCGAGGGGACCCAAGGAUACUGCAUAGGUGAGAUAAAGACCAUGGCUUUGUCACCAUCUUGUCACCCCUGAGUAUGUUUCCUAGCGGAAUCCUCAGCCUGUCUAACUAUGCCUCUCUCAACAAGUUUAAAUUUGCUUAAUCAUUCCGACAUUCAUUCAUCCUCUCCACAGUUUCUGUCAAGCACAACUAUGUGUGUUAGGAAAGAGAAAAUCAACCUUGGCUUCAUGGAACUUACAUUGUGUUGGGGUCAUACAGCCCCAAAAGAUAAUUUAUCAGAUGUUCAUAACGGCUAUGGUUAACGUUAAACCGGGAUAGUGAAAUAGAGGGGAUGAUAUCUAGAAAGAGUGGCCAGAGACCUUCCUUCUAAGAUCGUGACAUUUGAGCAAAAGCCUAGAGGAGAUGCCUAUCUGGUAGAAAAGUGUCCCAGACAGAGUUAAGGCCAGUGGAAAAACUGGGGAGUGGAACUCAGUGUAGAGUGUAUGAAAAGAAUGAGGAGGGCUAUGUGACUGCCACAGCAUGAUGGAGGGAGAGCCGGGAGAUCCGAGGAGAGCCGUGAUGAGGGGCGGGUCCCCUAGGGCCUUCUGCCAUAGGGGGCACCUUGACCUGAUCCACAGGAGGGUUCUUACCAGAGAAGCCCCCAGGGUUCUUUCAGAGGCUCAGAUCACACAAUGAUUGUUGAGGAGCUCUAGAUUCAUCCCAGGAAAUCCACAGACCCUCUGCAGUUGAACAUGCCUUUCCUGGAAUCCGCUACACUCAAGGGGAAUCCCCCCUACUGCUCCCAGUGGAGACAGAGGAAGGACCCUCACGGUAUGAGUGAGGUCACAGUCAGUCUUGUAAAGGCAAAAAAGGAGGAUGUAACAGGCACAGAGAUGGCAGAGAGAAAGACAAAGAUAGAACAUUGGAGAGGAACAGAGAGACUAUUUCUAGCAGCAAAGGAUUCCCAAUUAGCACCCACCUAUGGGCCCCAUUGCUUUUUCGAUGAUCCCACAGAUGUAGGCAAUUUCAUCUCUAGUUCCUCUGCCUUUUCUAAAACCAGCUUGAACAUCUGGAAGUUCACGGUUUAUGUAUUGCUGAAGUCUGGCUUGGAGAAUUUUGAGCAUUACUUUACUAUCGUGUGAGAUGAGUGCAAUUGUGCAGUAGUUUGAGCAUUCUUUGGCGUUGCCUUUCUUUGGGUUUGGAAUAAAAACUGACUUUUUCCAGUCCUGUGGGCACUGCUGAGUUUUCCAGAUUUGCUGGCAUAUUGACUGCAGCACUUUCACAGCAUCCUCUUUCAGGAUUUGAAAUAGCUCAACUGGAAUUCCAUCACCUCCACUAGCUUUGUUCGUAGUGAUACUAUGCCAAAGCCUUUGACUGUGUGCAUCACAAUAAACUGUGGAAAAAUUCUGAAAGAGAUGGAAUAGCAGACCACCUGACCUGCCUCUUGAGAAACCUGUAUGCAGGUCAGGAAGCAACAGUUAGAACUGGACAUGGAACAACAGACUGGUUCCAAAUAGGAAAAGGAGUAUGUCAAGGCUGUAUAUUGUCACUCUGCUUAUUUAACUUAUAUGCAGAGCACAUCAUGAGAAAUGCUGGGCUGGAUGAAGCACAAGCUGGAAUGAAGAUUGCCGGGAGAAAUAUCAAUAACCUCAGAUAUGCAGAUGACACCACCCUUAUGGCAGAAAGUGAAGGGGAACUAAAAAGCCUCUUGAUGAAGUGAAAGAGGAGAGUGAAAAGGCUGGCUUAAAGCUCAACAUUCAGGAAACUAAGAUCAUGGCAUCUGGUUCCAUCACUUCAUAGCAAAUAGAUGGGGAAACAGUGGAAGCAGUGUCAGACUUUAUUUUUUGGGGGGGCUCCAAAAUCACUGCAGAUGGUGACUGCAGCCAUGAAAUUAAAAGACGCUUACUCCUUGGAAGGAAAGUUAUGACCAACCUAGACAGCAUAUUAAAAGCAGAGACUUUACUUUUCCAACGAAGAUGCAUCUAGUCAAGACUAUGGUUUUUCCAGUGGUCACGUAUGCAUGUGAGAGUUGGACUGUGAAGAAAGCUGAGAGCUGAAAAAUUUAUGGUUUUGAACUGUGGUCUUAGAGAAGACUCUUGAGAGUCCCCUGGAUUGCAAAGAGAUCCAGCCAGUCCAUCCUAAAGGAGAUCAGUCCUGGGUGUUCAUUGGAAGGACUGAUGCUGAAGCUGAAACUCCAAUACUUUGGCCACCUCAUGCGAAGAGUUGACUCAUUGGAAAAGAUCCUGAUGCUAGGAGGGAUUGGGGGCAGGAGCAGAAGGGGACAAUAGCGGAUGAGAUGGCUGGAUGGCAUCACCGACUCGAUGGACAUGAGUUUGAGUAAACUCCAGAAAUUGGUGAUGGACAGGGAGGACUGGCAUGCUGUGGUUCAUGGUGUCGCAAAGGGUCAGACACGACUGAGUGACUGAACUCAACUGAAGUGAUGGGCCCCCAGCCCUGCUACUGGAUGAGGUACCUAUCUCUACAGGAGAAAAGAAGCUGCUCCCCCUCCCUGCACCCCCCUCCCCACCAGGGACUGUCUCUAGGAAAUGACUCAGUUGCCCGUGGCCUGGCUCUUGAUCAUACUCUCUUGGCACACAUCAGGGUCCUCUGCCCUGUCAAGACAUGGAGAUGAUCCAGUCAUGGGGAGGCUCAUGCUGUACACAGGGUCCCUCACAACCCCUCCAGCCCUGACUGCCCUCCUGCUGACCUCAGUUCCAAUGAAUGCUUUAGUGGGGGAAAGAGAGGCAGGGAUCACUGCAUUCAUGGUGGAGCCUCAUGCAAAUUGGUGAAUGUGAAGUUUCUCCCCACCUGCUUGGAGGCUCACCUCUGUAUUUUCCACCACCACGUCCCCAAGGAAUGUGCAGAUUACAUUUGAUGCAUCAGGGGGAAAUAUGAGUGGGCAAGUGCCAUCAACAUUGGGACCUACAGGUCAAGAUUCCUCCCAGUUGGAUGAACCUGUGGUUGACCCGCAGCCCAGUGUUGAGCAACCUCAAGAAGGGGAACCACCAGCUGAGAAUCAGGAUAUCACACCUGGAAAGGAGGAAGUAAACGGAGAGGAUCCAGUGAAUCAUGAUGAAGAGAAGGGGAAGGAUGCCUCUGGAGUUUCUGACCUGGAAACUGAUCUCCAGGAUUUGGCUGAGGCAAAGACUGGGGGUGAAGGUGGAGAUGGUCCUGAUAUCAAGGAGGAGAUUGCAUCAAAUAUAGAGCCUGUUGAAAUGCCAAAAGCAGGUGAAGGGCAACCAUUUGCUUGAAAGAAGUUAAACUGAAACCAUCUAUGCUGGUCUUAUAUUGUGUGUUUGACUGUUACAGUUCUGUCAAUAAAGUUUCUUUUUCUACUUGCA